UCUCUCUCUCUCUCUCUCUCCUCUCUCUCGUCCUCAUCUUUCUUUUUCUCCCCCUUACUCUUCGCAGUUCCAGAAAAUUGCUCUGUAACCCGGUCUGCACCUGAAUGAGCCUAAUUGCUGCACUAUCAUUCGGGGGAUUUCCCAACCAGAUUAAUAUAGGCGGACUCUUUAUGCGGUCUACGGUGCAGGAGCACAGCGCGUUCCGGUUCGCCGUUCAGCUUUACAACACCAACCAGAACACGACGGAGAAACCGUUCCAUCUCAACUACAACGUAGACAACCUCGAGUCUUCCAACAGCUUCUCCGUUACACAUGCGUUCUGCUCCCAGUUCUCCAGGGGCGUGUACGCCAUCUUCGGCUUCUACGACAAGAAGUCAAUGAACACGCUGACGUCCUUCUGCGGCGCCCUGCACACCUCCUUUGUCACGCCAUCCUACCCCACCGACAACGAGGUCCAGUUUGUCAUCCAGAUGAGGCCCGCCCUCCGGGGGGCAGUGCUUAGCAUGCUGUCUCACUACAAGUGGCAGAAGUUUGUCUACCUGUAUGACACAGACAGAGGGUUCUCCAUCCUACAAGCCAUCAUGGAGGCGGCGGUGGCCAACAACUGGCAGGUGACGGCCAGGUCAGUGGGCAGUAUCACUGACGUGGCCGAAUUCAAGCGCAUCAUCGAGGAGAUGGACCGCCGCCAAGAGAAACGCUACGUCAUCGACUGCGAGGUGGACCGGAUCAACACCAUCCUAGAACAGGUUGUGACCCUGGGGAAGAACGCCCGUGGAUACCACUACGUUCUGGCUAACCUGGGAUUCUCCAACGUGAGCUUGGACAAAGUGUUCAUGGGCGGAGCCAACAUCUCCGGGUUCCAGAUUAUCAACCCUGAGAACCCGGUGGUCCAGCAGUUCAUGCAGCGUUGGGAGCGUCUGGACGAGAGGGAGUUCCCAGAGGCCAGGAACACCCCGCUGAAGUACACAUCGGCCUUGAGCCACGAUGCCAUCCUGGUCAUAGCGGAGGCGUUCAGGUAUUUGCGGCGGCAGCGGGUGGAUGUGUCGCGGCGUGGCAGCGCAGGGGACUGCCUGGCCAACCCUGCUGUGCCCUGGAGCCAGGGGAUCGACAUUGAGAGGGCUCUCAAGAUGGUCACAGUCCAGGGCAUGACAGGGAACAUCCAGUUCGAUAACUAUGGACGCAGGUCCAACUACACCAUCGAUGUGUACGAAAUGAAAGCAGGUGGGCCCAGGAAGAUUGGCUACUGGAACGAGUUCACCAGAUUUGUUAAUAUCAUGGAUCAGGUGGUCACCAACGAGUCGUCCUCUGUGGAAAACCGAACGAUUGUGGUCACUACUAUUAUGGAAGCUCCGUAUGUGAUGUACAAGAAAAACCACAUGCACCUGGAGGGCAAUGAAAGAUACGAAGGCUACUGUGUGGACUUAGCCUCUGAGAUCGCCAAGCAUGUGGGCAUUAAAUACAAACUGUCCAUAGUCAUGGAUGGAAAAUAUGGAGCCAGAGACCCAGAGACCAAGACCUGGAACGGGAUGGUGGGUGAACUGGUCUAUGGGAGAGCAGAUAUAGCUGUUGCACCCCUCACCAUCACCCUGGUGAGAGAGGAGGUGAUAGACUUCUCCAAGCCCUUCAUGAGUCUGGGCAUCUCCAUCAUGAUCAAGAAGCCCCAGAAGUCCAAACCUGGGGUGUUUUCCUUCCUGGACCCCCUGGCCUACGAGAUCUGGAUGUGCAUCGUGUUUGCCUACAUUGGUGUGAGCGUGGUUCUGUUCUUGGUUAGCCGGUUCAGCCCAUAUGAGUGGAAUCUUGACGAGCAGGAUGAGGCAAAAGACCCCCAGACCCCCCCGGACCCCCCCAACGACUUUGGCAUCUUCAACAGCCUUUGGUUCUCUUUGGGAGCCUUCAUGCAGCAGGGCUGUGAUAUUUCUCCAAGGUCGUUGUCGGGGCGUAUUGUGGGGGGUGUGUGGUGGUUCUUCACCCUCAUCAUCAUCUCGUCCUACACGGCUAACCUGGCUGCCUUCUUGACGGUGGAGAGGAUGGUGUCUCCCAUAGAGAGUGCUGAGGACUUGGCUAAGCAGACUGAAAUCGCUUAUGGGACUCUGGACUCGGGCUCCACUAAAGAGUUCUUUAGGCGAUCCAAAAUAGCAGUGUAUGAGAAAAUGUGGUCGUACAUGAAAUCAGCCGAGCCGUCCGUGUUCGCUAAGACCACGCCAGACGGCGUUGCCCGGGUCAGGAAGUCAAAGGGCAAGUUCGCCUUUCUCCUCGAGUCCACCAUGAACGAGUACAUCGAGCAGCGCAAGCCCUGCGACACCAUGAAGGUGGGAGGGAACCUGGACUCCAAGGGCUAUGGUGUGGCGACGCCCAAAGGCUCAGCAUUAAGAAAUGCUGUUAACCUGGCAGUUUUAAAACUGAAUGAGCAAGGCCUGUUGGACAAAUUGAAAAACAAAUGGUGGUACGACAAGGGCGAGUGCGGCAGCGGGGGAGGUGACUCCAAGGACAAGACUAGUGCUCUGAGCCUCAGCAAUGUGGCUGGAGUCUUCUAUAUCCUGGUUGGAGGGCUGGGGCUGGCCAUGAUGGUGGCCCUAAUAGAGUUUUGUUACAAAUCAAGGGCCGAAACCAAGCGGCUGAAACUGGCAAAGAAUGCCCAGAACUUUAAGCCUACUCCUACAACCAACACCCAGAACUUUGCCACAUACAGAGAGGGCUACAACGUCUAUGGAACAGAGAGUGUGAAAAUAUAAGGGUCUGAAGAGUGAUACUCACUUAUCCUUGCCCGGCUUUGACAAACCCAUGAUACAACAAAAUCCCUAAAAGAGGAAGGGUGUUAUCCUCUUCCCGGCCUAUCCUAACUGGUCGGACACGGCACGAUAAUCUGCAGCGAUGACACGGCAGGACUAGUCUUGUGAAGAUUUGCAUUGGUUCCCUUCAGUGCCUUAUACGAACACCAGAGUCUGAACAAUGCAACUCAUCAGAAGCCCUUUUUAUUUUGUUGUUUGUUUUUGCCUGAAACUCACAUGGAAAAGAGUGAUCAUACACUGUAAUCUGUUUAUAACAGUAUUUAUCAUAAAUGUGUGGAUGAUGAAAAGACGAUGAAAGAGAGAUAGAGAAGUAAAGCCAUCACUUGCAACCUAAGCACAUUUGGAAGUGCCGAACCAGAAGACGAAUCUAAAAGGACAAGCGAUAAAUUGGUUUUCUGCCCAGAAAAUGUGAUCAGAUUAGCCUUCAUUCUCCUUCUGAUUAAAUAUUUUCACUGGUUAAAUGUGUUUGACAAUAGGUUUAUUAUGUCCUCUUCAAAGCAAUGUAUUAAAGUCUGUUAGGAGACUGUUUUUGUAUUGUUGUAAAAUACUGGCAGUAAUAUUGUUAUUGUUAUAAAGUACAGGGGAAUCUUAUUGUAACUGAUAAUUUGUUGAUAGGACUGCUGUUAGACAGAGGUAUUGUUGUUGAGUUGUUCUUUUAAGCUCUGGUGCUGCUGAGAAUCUGAAAACAUAAUAUGGUACAAAGUCUUGUGAAAGAGAUCAUAGGAUGCAACAAUUGGCUUCACAUAAACUGGAACAAGCCACUUUUUGCACUUCCAAUACUGCCGUCAGUUUUAUGUUGUUUGUUUGUUUGUUUGUUUGUUUUAAAGGGUUGAUACUCUCUGCAAAGCAAGCAGGUUUUCCCUCUAGGUAAACAAUAAGUUUGUGAUUUAAGAUGUGUAAAAUAUGGAAGGUUUUCAUAAGACUUCUGUACAUGAAAUUAAACCAAACAACAAGCAGAAUUUAAAUUUAGAUUAACUGCAAUCCAAUAACAGGAUAACAGUAAUGGCUUUUAAAUGGUAGUAUUUUGAAUUACCUUGGCAUUUUGUUAAACAAUUGCACAUUUUACAAUGAGCUGUUAUUUGCUUUGAUUUUUCUUUCAUAAGCAUUAUAGUGUUUGAUGAAUUUACUUGGUAAAUGAAAAUUAUAACAUGAAUAAAUAUAAUUAUGGAAAAUAGAUUUUUACAAGGUUAUUACAGGGAGUGUAUUGAAAGCUUAGCACAUUUCCAUAUUGCUGUAACAACUCCUUUUCUCUAAAAAGACUGUGAUUCCAUAGGUUUUAGGAAGACCAUAAAAAUCACAUAAAAGAAAGAUAGUUUUAUACAAAAAAAAACUGAAGAAAAAGGGAAGGAGAGAAAACUGAAUUGUAAAGAAACGUUGUACAUUUACCGAAAGGCAAUGUAUUUAUGUGAAGGUUUGACACAACUGAGUGAUCUUUUUUUUUGAAGUUUUUAUAAAGAAAUUGCAUGUGUAAUUGGUUAUUGCUUAAGAAGCUUUACUUCUCACGUCAGAUUAGGUAUGCAGUAGGAAGGCAACCCUUGGUUAGGAUCUUUGGUCAGCCAAAUUACCUUUUUUUGUAAAACCUCACCUCAGCUGAGAGAAAUUCACCAAGCAUCUUAGUAGAGUAAAAGAAAUGCAUGUGUGAGACUAAUUAAUUAACCCUCGUUGGUGAGGGGCUGUACAGAGAAUUUUAAUACAUUUUGUAAAUAAACGUGUAUAGA